AUGAAUUGUGAGUCAACUGUGAAGGCCAGACCUGCGGGAUGUUGUGGUGGAUAUGCCCUCAACUCCCCGUACAAUAUGAGUGAAUUACCGGCGCACCUAUAUAUGCCUGUGCAGCUCAGAAAGAGUGAGUGGAAAAAAUGUAAACAUUGGCUCCACUACUGGCACCUCUUCAGCCACCACUUCAUCCACACUUACCAUUCCUCCACAGAUGUGCACUUCACUGAUUGUGUAGACAAUCAAUGCCAACACCACCGCCAACACAACCGCAACCAUAAAGCCAUAGGUGACCACUUGUCACCACCAUAUGAUCAUACGGUCCAGCUGUUUGUCACGAUCACCAAAGAGUUGUUUAUGUUUAUCCCUAAAUAUAGUCUAAUCGACGAUAACUUCAGUUACGAAAUUUAUGUCAUCAAAGAAUUCCUAAGACAUUGUUUCCUAACUUAUUUGGUGCCAAACAAUCCAAAAGCUUUUACAUAA